ACGGGCAAGUGCCGGGGUGAAGAAGCGGGGGGCAGAAGCCCGCCAGAAAUCAACCGGGGGCCACCGGCCCAUGCUCCUCCGGCCAGGUCCUGCACCUGAUCAAGGAGCGAUCCCGCAAGGAGCGAUCCCGCCAAGACAAAACGACAAGCAUCAGCACGGCGAUACAUUCUGACGACUUGCUUUCACAAGCAUCAAGGCAGCGACUCACUUUGACGAGUGGCCACAUCGACGCAGCCGCUCUCGGGUAACAAUCAGCCCAGCCCAGCCCAGCCCAGCCCAGCCCAGCCUGAUCUGGUCCGGUCCAGCAUCUCCACAAGCACACAGAACCUCAGCAACCGCCGCAAACAUCAUGGCUCAGGCCUUCGUCACUGUCGGAACAACUCGGUUCGACACGCUGAUCGACCUCGUAUCGACAAGCAGCCUGGUCGCCAGGCUCAUGAAUCUCGGUUUUGCCCGUGUGGUCAUCCAACAUGGCCGCAGCCCGCUGGAUGUUUUGGCCUCAGCCCGGCACUCCAAGGCGAUGGAGGAAGUUGCAAUGAGUGCUCAGGAGCGGGACGACGUUCUCCCGAGCCUAGGUCUCGAGAGCAGCAGCAAUCCCACCGUCUGUCGGCUCCGGAAAGCCGCCCGAGGUGAUGGUGCCAUCGAGCAGUCGCAAGAGCCCGCCGAGGCCCAUACGACCAUCGAGGUCGUGGGCUUUUCCUUUGCUCCGUCACUUCGACGACAGAUGGAGCAGGCCGACCUCAUCAUCACACACGGAGGCUCAGGAUCGAUCCUCGAGGGACUCGAUCUGCGCAAGCCGCUCAUCGUUGUUGCGAACCCCAAGCUCAUGGACCAGCACCAAGCCGAGCUGGGAAGUGCGCUUUCGCACGAGGGAUUCCUGUACUUUGCCGCGGACUGCACCGAGGCCAGUCUCGGAAGGCAGCUGGAGCUUUGGCAGCGAAGCGAUCCAGGGUUGAAAGAAUGGUACGAUUGCGACGGGGGCGAGUUUGUCCGUCUGCUCAAGGACGAGAUGGGGUUUGUGUAGACCAGGGAGCUCUGGUUGUGGGCAGAGAUCCCCCCUCGCAUCAGUGGUGAUAAUAGUAGCCGAUCGUGGGCAGCACUCACCCGAUAUUCGUGGACGCCGGUGAGAAAGCGAGAGGGAGAGGGAGAGGGGAGCGCGAUGCCGACGACCAGACCC